GCUAUUCAAGAUCUUUGUUUAAGAAAAAUUAAAUUUAUUUUCCGGCUAUUAAGUGCAUUUACGCAAUUACUUCUUAGAAAAUUCAAUUUCUAUUGAUAAAUGGAAGAUUUUGGGGAUUUUAGAGAUUUAGAUGUGAUUGGAAAUGGAGCAUAUGGAAUUGUAUAUAGAGCAAGAGAUCAAACAAAUGGAACUUAUGUUGCACUCAAAAAAAUUAGGAUUUCCAUCUUAUCGGAUGGAAUUCCAAUGACUACAUUAAGAGAAAUUUCUUUAUUAAAAAAUCUCGAUUCCUACAAUCAUCCACAUAUUGUAAAACUUUUAGACGUAAUUCAUCGAAGAGCGGAAAGAGAUAAUAUGUUGGAAUUAUAUCUUGUAUUUGAAUACUUAGAACGUGAUUUAGCCGAUUACAUAUCUCAUUUACCAACCUCAACAAUUAUACCUACACAUCAAAUUCAGCGAUUAUCUAGAGAACUUUUAAAUGGAAUUGACUUCCUUCAUUCACAUCGUAUUAUUCAUAGGGAUCUGAAACCUUCUAAUUUACUAAUAGCUAGCGAUGGUACUCUUAAGAUUGCAGACUUCGGACUUGCAAAAUCAUAUGACUUUGAAAUGAGACUUACAUCCGUUGUUGUAACGUUGUGGUACAGGAGUCCUGAAAUUUUAUUAUGUCAAUCAUAUAAUAGUGGUGUAGAUAUUUGGUCAGCUGGAUGUAUUAUAGCGGAAAUGUACGCAAAAAGGGCUUUAUUCCCAGGAAGCAGUGAAGGAAACCAAUUGGGAAAAAUAUUCGAAUUAACAGGAAAACCAAAUAUUGAGGACUGGCCGAAUUGUUCAGUGGAUUUAGAUCAAUUUUUGAUGACUAUACCAUGCGAACCAAGACAACUUAUACCAAGACUGGAUGACUUUGCAAAUGAUCUGUUAAAAAAUAUGUUAGCUCUUCUACCUCAAAAUCGAUUAUCGGCAAGUACGUGUCUUCAGCAUCCUUAUUUUAAUCAAGAACCACUUUGAUAUUUAGAGGGAUAGCUGAAAAACUGUAAAUAAUCCAAUACAAAUCUUUACCUGCUAAGUGUUCUUCGAAAAUUCUAUUUUUAUUGUAUCACUUAUGAUUGAUUC